AUGAACAACAAUAGUAACACUAAGUUGGAUAUUCUUCCAAAACUUAUGUCUUCUCAUCAUAAACUUCUUGAGCCAGCUUAUCUGAAGAAUACUCAAUUCAAAAUCAGCCAAAAUGAGAGCAAAUUGUUACCUCUCAUUCAGAGGAGUUCCAUGAUGCAGCCUAACUAAAGUUCAAAAUAAUUAAUCGUUUAGAGGUUGAUAAGCAAUUUAGAAUUUAGUUCCAGGCAUUUUGGAGCUGCCUGUGAUAGAGGCUUUUAGGGGUUGUCAAAAUACCACUAUUCUCAAAAAUUUGGUCAUUCCGCUGUACGAUUGGAGCCACUUAACAGAAAUAUUAUUGCAGAACUCACAGAUGCAGAGGAUACUGAAGAAAUUCCAAAGGAUGAAAGGACCUAUUAUAAAAGAAUAUAUAAAUUUAAGAACAUGCCAAUUUUAGCAUUAAUCAAGUCUUUUGAGAUAGAAUGGGUAAGAGAGUUCGAAGAUGAGGUUAAUAAGAAAUCGACCAAAUCAUUGCAAUUAAGUUUUUAAACUGCACUUGCAAUAUUUAAUACUUAUCCUGAUCCAUUAGAAUUUUUCCAAAAAAAUCUGUAAUUACUUGAGAGGAGUUCAGUUGCUUUAAAACAAAAAGGAUUGACUUAAUUAAAAUAUAAAGUGAAGAAUUUUGACGAGGAUGAAUUUUAGAGGAUGAUUGUCAUAAAAAAUUAGUCAGGUUAAGGAUACUUUAGAAUUUAUUUUCCAACAAUUCAACUUUAUUUAUAAGAAUACUCUCAUAAUUAAACAAUUGAUUUGUCACCUCUUAGAUUAUAUGAAAUCGUAAAGAAUAAUUUUUUUGAAAUGGCCUCCAUAGUGGAAUAAUUUGAUUUUGAAAAGUUUAAAUUAUAUAUCCAAGAUUCCGAAAACUAGGGAAUUCUAGAACAAUUAGAGGAACAAACGAAAUAAAGAACUGAUAACAUUUAAAAGGUUGAAACACCGUAGCCAUAGGAGAUAGCGUAAUAAUCAUAAAUACAAGAUAACGAACUUGAAUAAACUGUUGAUUAAUAAUAAUAAUAAAAAGCAUAAGAACAAACAUAAUUAUCAGAAUUGAAUUAAUAAUAAUAAGAAUCUACAUAAUUAGAAUCAACAUAACAAUAGUAAGAAUCAGCAUAAUAAUAAUAAGAAUCUACAUAAUAAUAAUUAUUAGAAUCUACAUAAUAAUAAUAAGAAUCAAUAUAACAAUAAUAAGAAUCGACAUAAUAAUAAUUAGAAUCUACAUAAUAAUAAUUAUUAGAAUCUACAAAAUAAUAAUAAGAAUCGACAUAAUCAUAAUUAGAAUCUACAUAAUAGUAAUAAGAAUCGACAUAAUAAUAAUAAGAAUCAACAUAAUAAUAAUAAGAAUCGACAUAAUAAUUAGAAUCUACAUAAUAAUAAUAAGAAUCGACAUAAUAAUAAUAAGAAUCAACAUAAAAAUAAGAACAAUAAUAAUAAUAGGAAUUGAUAUCAUAAUAAGGAUAAUAAUAAUAGAAGUAGUAAUAAUAGUAGUAACAAUAGUAACAAUAAUAAUAAUAAUAACAAUAAGUAUAGUAACAAAAAUAAUAAGAGUAAAUUUUGAUCGGUAAUCCUGUGAACACUGAUCUUAGCAUAAUUAUUAUUGAGGAAAAACAUGAAUUUCCAGAGUAGAUUCUAUAAAGGAAAUGGAUCAAGAAGGUUGUUGAAAAAGAUAAUACAUAUUAUACUGUUGAUUUCCUACCUUUUUAAAUUUUAUUGAGAGAAAAGAGAUCAUAAAAAAUCAUCAAAAUGUAUUCUCCAUCUUUAAAGGAAGUGGAUUUUAUUAUAUUCUAAUUAAAUAAUAAAAGCUUACUUGACAUAUUAAAUGAUAAUGUGAAGACAACUUUUGAUAUGCCUCCCGAAGCAUUUGAUUAUAAAGAAUUUAAAAAAGGAUCUAAAAUUUCAUUCCUUUUAGAAGAAAUCGCAGAAAAGCCUCUUGAGAUUACUGAAGAACAACUUAACAACGGUAUAUUGAGCCCAUGGACAAAAGAGAUUGAAGUGAACAAUAAAGAUUUACCCUGUAUGCUCGAAAUCUAUAAUUAACUUAAAUGCAGUACGAUUAAACGACCAUGCACAUCAAAAGAAUUAACACAUAUUCUAACGAAAAGAUAUUCAAUUGGUUUUAGAUUAAUAUGA